AUUCAUUGUCAUCCCUAAGUAUAAGUAGCAAGUAACUAUAAGUAUGUUAGACGUUUAUAAAGUUAUCUACCUUUGAAAAUUGUGUUUAAAUUUUGUAUAAGCGCCAAUAUCCUUCGCCCAAAAAAUAUAAAUUCAAAACCUCUGCUUAAGAGCAGGACCAAGAGCAACAAUGGCGGCCUACACAAAUCCAACAUCAACUUCUCAGUCUGUAUACACGCUCCCUGUUCUUACUCACCAAGAAAUCGCCUCUAUUUUAGCCGAAUUCCAGAUUGUCAAUCUUUCCGGAAACGAGUUGAUAAACCCUACCCCUAAUUUCGUUUUCAAUCUAUACAGUUCACUUUUGUCUCAUCUCGAUUCACUCCAGGAUGAUUCCAAUCAGGUUGAUUUUGCUGCGCUUGAGCGGUUCGAGAACCCUGAUUUGCAUGGAGAUGCCAUUAGAGGUGUCAAUUUGUGUAGUAAAAUUAAUGAAGUUUUGAUUGCUAUUGAGUGUCCAAUCAAUUUCACUUUGACUGAUUUGAUUCGUCCUGAUUCUAAUCGGACUCUCAAGUUUCUAUCCGCCAUCAUUAACUUCUUCCUUCACAAGGAUUCGAAAUUGGGUAUGCUUAGGCCUUAUGCAGAGGAACUUGGUGUACUAGAGGAUGAGCGAAAGCAGCGGGAGACUACAAUUUUGCAGUUGAAAGAAGAAAUUGCAGUAUUUAAAGAAGCAAGAGAAAGGGAGAAGCCACAGGCUCUAGAAGUUGAAGCCAAGGUAAAAGAGUUGCAGGAAAAGCUUGAUAAUCUCAACAGCCUUCAGUUGAACUUGAAGAAGGAGCGUCAAGCAAUGAAGGAGAAGGCUCAAGAGAUGGAAAACAGUGUUCGCAAAUUAGAUUUUGAACUCAUUCAAGCUUCUCAAGAAAAUGCUAUUUUGAGUUCGAAAAUUGUAUCAUCACCAGAAAAACUUCAGAGGGCUUUAGAAGAGAAGAAAGUAGUUCAAAUUGAGGCAAAAGAUUCAGAAAGGUUGGCUUUUCAAACUUUUCAAGAAAAGACUGCAAAUUUGGAGGUUUAUACCAAGGCUUUGAAGAAAAUGACCAAGCAGUUGGCUGACAUGCAUGCAAUACAAGAACAGGUGAAUUCGUCCAAAUCUGUUGAAAAAGAUGUAAAGCUAUUAAAAUCUAAGAUGGCAGAUGAACAAAUGCUGGAGAAAUCACUUGAAGCCAAACUAGUUGAAUACCAGGCCAAAGCUGAACAGUCGGAUGAGCAUAAAAAUCUGUUAGAGAAGAAGGCAAAGCAGAAGCGCGAGGAGGACACGAAGGAGUUGGACAAAGUAAAUUUAGAAGCAGAAUCGUGGAGGCGUGAUCUGGAAACAAGGGGACAGAAGAUUGAAGCUAUGGUCGCUGAGGUUGAAGCCAUAAAAGCAAAGAUCAAGUCCACAAACGAUCUUGCAGCGGCAACGCAAGAGAGUUUGCUUAAAAAAGGCGAAGAGAUAGUAAAUGAGUUAAAUUUGUAUACAAGUUCUAAUGCUCAAGUGAUGUUGAACAUGAAGGAGUGCUGUGAACUAAUGAGCUAAGCAAUUGCGUUUGUGAAACCUUCUUUGUUUUUGUUACCCAAUGCUGAUUGAAUUCCAAUAAUAUGAUAAAUACUUGUAUGAUAAAUUAAUGUAUCUUUUGUUUAUAUAGUAUGAUUAGAGAUGUCAAAUGUUGAUUUGACUUGGAAAAUUGUGUUGAAGUAAGAAUGUUAUUACCUCACUUUAAUUGAGAAAUUAGGGUAAUUAGAAAAUUAU